UGAAUGAUAUAUCUGCUGAUCACCAUAUGAUGGCGGCAGACAUACUACUUAUAGCAGAAUCUCGUCUUGUUGCCACAGACACCAAUGAUUCCUUUGACAUCCCAAACUUUCAUCUGUUUCGAAAUGAUCAACUUAAUACAACUACUGCAAGAAGACCACCACAUGGUUUGGCUAUAUAUAUAUCGGCUCCUCUUUCUCAGUUCUGUACAGUUCAACAUGUAUCAACUCCAAACUUCGAAGCCACCUGCAUUUCUUUGUCAAAAUCCAUGCUCUUCCUCCAAAUCAUCUGCUUGUACAAGUCGCCUUCGUGUUCACUUACAGAAUUGUGUGCAAAGCUUCAAACAAUUGCAUCAGAAAUAGAUCUUACAAAACCUUUACUUGUGGUUGGUGAUUUCAACUUCGACAUUUGGAAUGGCAAAAAUAAAUCACAUUUACAAAAAGUAUCUAAAAUAUUAGAAUGUGAACAAUUCAUCAACGAAAUUACAACUGAUUAUGAUUCACAGAUUGACAUGGUCUUUUACAAUCGAACCAAUCUUAUUACAUCAACAAUAGAAUCAACAUGGUCAGACCAUAAAAUAGUACUAAUAGGCCUUCCAAAUAGUCAAUAGUAAUAUAAUCAUUACAAGAAAAAAAUAAUUCAGAAGAGGAAGGUGGACUGGGAGGAUGAGGGGAGGUGGACCAAACUGGGAUAGGUCAACAGUGACUGCAUUUAAAAAAAUCAGGCGAGUGUUUUUUUGCUCACCUGAAAUUGUUUAGGUGGACUCAUUUCUCCCAGGGGCUUGUAGCUCACCUGGUAUUACAUGUUUUAGGUGCUCAGUUGUUGAUGUCAGGUAGACAAUUUUUUUCCCACCUCAAUUGAUUUUAGGCACUUAAUGGGUGGACAAACUCAACUGAGUGCCUCAAAAUAAAGUCACUGCAGUCAGGAUCACUCAUGUUCCAACAGAACAGAGUACUGUACAUGUAAUUCUUAGACCUAAUUAUUGACUCUCUAUGUUAACAGAAAAAUGUAUAAAUAUUAUAACAGAUCCAUAAUAAGGGGGGCAGAACCGAAAAAGAAACAGUGUGGACCAGAAUCAAAUUACUGAAACAAUACUCCUUAUCCUCCAUCCACCAAGUGUACAAAGUUCAUUUAAAUAUACAAAAUCCAACCUUUCAUGAUAAACAUUUUAAAUGAAAAAUUAUCCAGUACUAAAGCUUUCCACCACCUGCAGCUUAAAAAGAUUACUACUGGGGCUGCAACUUGGACAGAAGGGCAAAAUAGAAGGGGGGGGGAUAGGGUGUCAGAAAAUUCAGUUAAACACUUGGACAUUUAAUUCUUAUGAAUACAAGACUAAUGGACGUCAAUUCACAAUAUGGCGAUAUCAGGAUUCAAAGCGAUCUACUACAAAAACAUUAGUAUUUAAUUCUUGUGAGUGGUGGAUGGACAUCAAUUCAAACAUGUGAUAUCAGGAUUCAAAACGGUGUAUACACAGACAUUAACAUUAUCAAUCUCAUGGAUUUAUGGACGCAAGAUUUUGGUAGCAGACAUUGCCGUCUGUGGCAGAGGAAAGUUGAAACGACAGUUCACUGGAACAAGAUAACAUGGAAGUGCAGAAAUCAUACAUCUUCAUCGACAACAUGGCAUCGAAUUCGAACAAAAGAAAAUUUGAGGAUGAACCAAAAAUUACCCAAGAUCUUUAUGUAUUCAACACCAGUCCAAUGAAGACAAGUAAGGCUAACAAGGAUUAUUUCAAAGCCAUUGCACAAACAAAUAAAAACACUUACAUGGACCUUGUGUGCUUCCAGCCCAAAUUGCACAGCCAAUUUCGAAGAGCAGAACAACAAAAAAGCCCAGUCAAACUGAGGGAUGCUGCCCUUACAAAAGGUUUUAAAGACGAUUCAGUAAAUGACUUAAAAGUGACCUACCAAACAAGAAUGUCUAUUGAAACGCAACCUCUAAACUUUAAACCAAAAGCCCCGAAAGUUAAAGUCACACCCACUAUCAAGCUCAACUCCCUGAACAACCAAAGGAUUUCUCAAAGGCUCAACAUCACAGCGAAGGUGGUGAAAGUACUUGAAGACACCUGCCUCAAAGAUGUUCGAGGACAAAGCCUAAAUGCAAAAGUCAUACUUGUUGCAGAUGACACCGGAUGUGCCAAGUUAACAUUAUGGGAAAAGUUGAUACCUAUGGUUGAAAAUGAAAAAACCUACCAGUUCAGUGAAUUGUCCGUAUACUAUUUCGACCAAAACUCAUUAACAACCACCCCGGAAACUGCUAUCAAAGUUCAUACUGACAUAACGGUGAUUGAUAUAUCACAAGAUAUAAUUGAGGAACAACAUCUCGAUGACACCAACACAACAGUGAAGAAUGCCACAGUUCAGCAAGUUUCUGUAACAAUGAGAAAGGCAUGCUUGUCUUGUAAACAUGUUGUGCCAACAACCGACCACCACACCACAAAGUGUGGAAAUUGUGACAUGCGCCAGUUAACCAAAAUUAGAAACUAUCCCAUCAUACCCUUCUAA